AUGGCCCCCUCGCGCCCGCGCCCGCCCUCGACCUCGACGAACGGCGCCCCCCCGACCACCACCACCAAGGGCACCGGCCCAGCGAACCCCCGAGCUGCUGCCCGCUCAGUCUCCGCCGCCCCGUCUGCGGCCUCGACGACGCGCUCGCCCCCGCCGCCCACGAACAAGGUCAAGGCCCUGGCCGAGCGGUUCGAGCGCUCGCCGGGCAGCGCCAUUGCCCCCUCGCCGCGCGCCCGCUCGCAGUCCAAGACGAGAGAGCCGUCGCGCACCGCUGCCCGCGAGGCUGCCCGCAGAGCCAACGCGCCCACGUCCCCGCCCACCACUGCGGCCACGCGCUCGAGCAAGGACGCCUCGUAUGGCGCCUUCAAGCUCGCCCACACCAAGCCGCGGGAGCGCCCCCAGCCCGCGCCGGCCACCCCUCGACCGGCGCGGCGGGCCCACGGCAGCCGCAGCAGCCUCGACCAGCACAUCUCGACGGCCACGCGCCAGAAGCUGGCCACGCCCGCCCGCCGGCCUGUGUCGAGCGGCCGCCAGCCCUUUUUUGGCGAGGUCGUCGGCGGGCAGGACGACACGGCGCCAGGCUAUGGCAUCCCCUCGUUCGAGAGCACCCUGCAGCAGGGAGACACGCCCUCGCAGCACACACGCUCCGCCAGCGCCAGCGCCACCCCGUCCGCCGCAGAGGGCCAGGCUGCCCAACGCGUGCGCUCCCCGCCCUCCAGAAUCCCCGUCGCCAAGCGGCGCUCCAGCAUUGGCUCUGACACGGGCUCCUCGACGCGCUCCGUCAAGUACACGCCCACACGCUCCGCCAACUACAGCAACAGAUCGUCGCCCACGCGACUCAACAGGAAGCCCAUACGCAGCAAUGCUGCUGCCAAGCCGAAUGGCGCAGACCACUCGAUAGCCUACCGCGGCUACAGCGAGCGCGGGAAGUCUAGCAGCCUCGCAGCCGCCGUUAGUGCCGCGCCCCCGACGUCGCCCCGCCUGCGCAACUCGCGAGAGAGACACCCGCUCCCGCAGUCCCCCAACGCCCACGCCAAGAGCUCGGCCGCCCACGACGACCGCGACUACUUUCUGGCUGGCGGCGGUUUUGUCCAGCAGGACUCGCCCAAUGCCUAUCCGCUGUGUCAGCCCUCGCCCGAGCACCCGCCACAGGACGAGCAUCGACACCUCAGUCUGCAGACCUCGCCGCGUCGACCUCUGUCUUCGGCCACCGAGUUUGAGGAAUCGCCGGUGCUCGGCAUACCGGGGAGCUUUGUCCUGACGCCCCCGGUAGUGCAUGUCGAGUCUGAACAGGUGCUGCUCCGCCCAGCAGUAUUUCACCCUGCCUCUCGAGAGCCGCCGCCUCCGUCGCCUAUCAUCGAUGAGUCGGAGCUCGGUGUCAGAGAGUCGAUCCCCAUCAUGCUUGCUGAAGAUCAAUCACCUGGGUCAUGGUCUUCCGGCACGCGAGACACGAACGAGGGUCUCCAGGCUCUAUCGUUUCCAUAUCGGCCCGACCGCGCUUACGGCUUUGAAGGUGGGCGGCAUCCUUCAGGAUAUGAUGGCGACAACUCGCCAAUAGAGCCUUUUGCGAACAGAGAAGCCCUAUACUCAACAGAAUCGGCCAACGUUGGCCCGUACCGAGCAGUCGGAUCGUUCCCACUACAUAGUGAAACCUACAGUGUGGUGAACUCAGUGCUGAAUAUCUACCAUCGUUCACCAGUCAUCACUCCAGAGCUGGCCUCGCUUUCACGCGACAGGGUACAACACGUGUCACCCGUUAUUGCCCAACAUGAAGAUUGGGAGUCAAAGGAAGCGACCGAGACGUAUCUUGCGCGGUUGCUGAGCGACGCGAAUGGUGCAGCCAACGUAGCGAACGUCGCAAACACCACCACAAAGUCACAACAUCGUAAAGUCACAACCCAAUCGCGGCCUGAUUUGAGGACUUCCCGAUUGGGAGACGAUUCACCAGUACAUGAAGCAGCGGGGACGGCCAUUAUCUAUCCUUCACAACCGCGUUAUUCACGCGGCUCACCGGGGUCAACCACCACCACAAUCCACGAAGAUGCAUCCCGCUCUGACAGCUCCUCAAUGAAUCAAUCACGCAACCAACUCGUGCAGGACCCGAUGGCUGAUCGCAAAUCACCAUCAACAAAAGGUAUUGAUCUUCCUCAGCUGGCGUGGACAAACGAGGGCCUUGGCCUCUCUUUGCAAGACGGACACCAACCUUCACUUAUGCCACCACACGCCAACCCGCCUCGUCCCGCUUAUUCACCGCCUCCUCCUCCGUCUGCAACAGAACAACAGGCGACCUCGAGUUUCCACCAACGCCACCCUCAACCACCUUCACCUGGAACACAAUUUGAGCAGCAUCUCGCUCGCGCACAAACACCAGUCAACGAAGGUUUCGACGCGAAUUCCGAGGACUGCUUUCGCACGCCGCAGCCACCGAAGGUGAACUCAGCCACACGUGAACCCGAGACGACGGCUAUGGCAGAGCAGGCGGACCCUGCGUUGCAAGCGAAGCAGGCGCUGAUAAAGCGAUAUCGAAUCCUCGAGGAGCUGCUCUCGACGGAGCACCAGUUCUGCACUGACAUGAUGAUUGUCCACAACAUCUUCGAGGCGACUGCCCCGCCAGAACUCAUGAGCGAGAAGGAGAAGAAGAUCCUGUUCAGCAACUGCAAAGAACUAGAGAAGUUGUCCCUCUCGUUUUUCCGUGCAGCCAAAAAGGCGUCUAAACCUAUCAUCAACUUCGAGACGUCCCCACCCACUGGGCCAUGGAAUCGCGACUCCACAGACAGUCGGCCUUAUAGCUCUUCAGGCUCUCUGAAUCCCCGAAGUCCGUCCGAAGACGCUCCUGAUCCGUUUGAGAAUUGCACGCUCGAAAAGGACCAUCUCACAACGAUCGGCCGCGUGUUCCUCGAGAACAAGGACAAGAUGGAGCGACUUUACACAUCGUACUACCUCAAUCAAGGUAACAUGAGCGACUACCUCAAGAAGCACAAACACGAUCCUGAAUUCACAGGCUGGGUCAUUGCAUGCUUCGAACAGGUCGAGACCAUGACCCAAUCGUGGGAUCUAGAUUCGCUGCUCGUCAAGCCUGGCCAGCGCAUCUUGAAGUAUCCGUUGCUUCUUGGCGAGCUCAAGAAGGUUACCGACGCGAGUCAUCCUGACCUGAAAAACAUCGAAGCAGCCCACGAAGCAUUUCUUGCCGUUAACAGCCGCAUCAACGAAGCAAAGGCACGCUCAGAUACCUUCCGCGCCGCAACUUCAGAAGGGAAGAAGGAGAAGAGCAGAGGAAAGGCCAUAGGUAAGACAUUUGUGAAAGCGUUCAUUCCAAAGCCGGACAAGACCAAGGCGUAUGAUGAAGCCGAUAAGAUCUUCAAGGAUCAUGACUACAAGUCGAGAGAGCAGAAGUUUGGUGGCCAUUUCUUCCAGCUUCAAAUCGUCGUGCGUGAUUUUGAGAAAUAUUUGGAUGCAAUCACAGAGCACUGCUCCUCGCUCAACAAGGUCGUUCUGGACUUCAUCACCAUCAUUGAGACCGGUCCGUCCAUGCAUCCCGAGCUCGAGAGCACGUGGCGGAAGUGGGCCUUGGCUCAUCAGGAGCUCCAGAACAAGGCCCUGGAAGAACAUAAAACUGCUGUUCGCACUCGCGUGUUGAAGCCUGUCGCAGAUUUGUGGGAAGUAUGGGGUGCGUACCAAAGAACGAUUGAGCAACGCAAAAAGCUCUUGCUGUAUUACGUCAAGCACAAGCAGGCGGUCGAUCGUAGCGAGAAGGUCGACCCGCUUCUCGAAGAAUCAGCCCAGAAGUUCACGGCGAUCAAUGAUACCCUCAAGCACGAGCUGCCACUCCUUUACGAAAGGACCAAAGACUUGAUGCGCAUGCUGAUGGCACGAUUCCUGGGCCUCCAAAAAGACUGGUACAAGACAUGCUCGAAGAAGAUCCUCCCUCUCCUCGAGAGCGAGCCACAACAUACUACCUCCCUCCGCUACGACCUGGAGUCGUACGUCGACCGCUUCUACUCGGACUACAAGCCAAUGCAGGAGUUGAUGAACAAGAUGAACAUCAUCAAUCGCAACUUGCUGGUUGACAUAUCAAACAUGGCCUCACCCGUGCCAACGUUAUCCUCUGAUGGCGGCAGCUCAGCGCGCAACUCAUCCUCCCGCAACCGCACCGCAUCCAUGGGAAGCGACAUGUCGAUGGUCGACUCCCGCAACCGCAACAGCGGAGGCUACGGCCCACAACCCCAAAGACGUCCCUACGACGCCCCACCACGCUCCUCCCCCGCAGGCCCCGCCUACCCAUCUCUCUUCCAAACCGGCACAAGCGCAAACCGCCUCGGCCCCGGCCCCACCUCCCUCCGCGAAGCCCGAGCCCUAAGCCCCGUCUCCGACGCCAGCGACGCAACAGUCAUGCGCAACGACCGCCCCUCAGGCCGCCCCCGCAACCCCAACUACCUCACCCUCGACGGCGCAGCAGACUACGAAGACUACUCCCCCCUCGGCGUCAACACAUUCGACUUCCCCCCCCAGCUCGGCGCGUCCUUCCUCGCACCCGCAAACACCCUCACACAAUCCAUCUCCGCGCCCUCCUCCCAGUCCCCCUCCCUGCCCGGCUCCUCCCGCACAUCCGCGGUCUUCACCUCCGCACUGCCCAUGUCCGACUCCGUCCGCGGCUCAGCCGAAGACCUGCCACCUACCCCCGGCGACGCAAAUGAGCCCGAGGUUCUCUUCCUCGCUGCCAGUCUGUUCGAGUUCAAUAUCGCGCAUGAUCGGCGGGAAGGUGGGUAUCCGUAUCUCGUCUACGUGCCGGGGGAGAUUUUUGAUGUUAUUGGGAUGAAGGGCGAGUUGUGGUUGGCGCGCAAUCAGGAUGAUCCGACGAAGACUGUCGGAUGGAUUUGGGAGAAACACUUUGCGCGGAUAUUGCCGGAGGAUGCUUGA